AUGGGUGGGAUUGGGAAGACUACCUUAGCCCAACUUGUGUAUAAUGAUGAUAGAGUGAAGCACAACUUUGUACUCACUGCAUGGGUUUAUGUGUCUGAAGAGUUUAAUGUUUCUAAGAUCAUAAAAGCCAUAUUAGAGGCCAUUACAUCCCAAAGAAGCAACACUGAGGAACUGGAUAUCUUGUUGCUUGAAUUCAAGAAGAUGGUAUCUGGAAAGAAAUUUUUGUUCAUCCUUGAUGACAUUUGGAAUGAGAAUUAUGUGAAUUGGGAUCAUUUGAGAAGUUAUUUCUUUUAUGGUGCUCAAGGGAGUGCAAUUGUAGUUACUACUAGAAGUGAAAAGGUGGCAUCUUUCAUGCAAACCGUUUCAUCUCAUCGCUUGGGUCACUUGUCAGAUAAGCAUUGCUGGGAUUUGCUUGCAAAGCAUGCAUUUGGUGACAGAUGUUGCAAGGUGGAUCCAGUUUUAGAGAGAAUUGGUAAAGAUAUUGUUAAAAAAUGCCAAGGAUUGCCUCUUGCAGUUAAAACACUUGGAGGGCUUUUAAGAUCCAAACCUGAUGUCAAAGACUGGGAUAUCAUAUUGAAGAAUGACAUAUGGAAUCUGCUAGAGAAUGAGUGUCAAAUUAUUCCAGCUUUGAGAAUAAGUUAUUACUAUUUGCCUCCGUGCUUGAAACGAUGUUUUGCUUAUUGUUCAAUGUUUCCCAAAGAUUAUGAGUUUGACAAAGAGGAACCUGUGUUAGUGUGGAUGGCAGAAAAUUUUUUACAACCACAAAAAGGAAACAUGAAAGUUGAAGACAUUGGUAAUGAAUACUUCUUCUGUCUGGUCUCAAGAUCGUUUUUUCAAUCCUCAAGCAAUAAGAAAGAGUGUUUUGUUAUGCAUCACCUCAUGCAUGACCUAGCAAAAUUUGUUGCUGGUGAAUUUUGCCUUGCUUCUGAAGCUGAUAAUGAGCAAAGAAUACCACAAAGAACCCGUCAUUUGUCAUAUGAUGCACUAAGCUACCCUGUCUUCAAGAAUUUCCUGAUGUUCUGUGAAGCAAAGCAUUUGCGCACUUUUCUACCCAUUUAUUCAGACAACUAUGGAGUGUUACCUUUACAUGAAAGAGUCCCUCAUCUCAUAUUCACAAAGCUUAGAUGCUUGAGAGUGUUAUCACUAUCUGGAUAUGGCACCAUUGAAUUGUUGCCUGAUUCAAUUGGGGAAUUAAUUCAUUUGCGCUAUUUAGACCUCUCUAGGACUAAAAUCAAAUUGUUGCCUGACUCCGUGUGUGGCCUAUACAAUUUACAAACACUUAAGCUCACAGAUUGCUUCUACUUAACCACAUUACCUGAAGAUUUUUUUCUUCUAGUCAACUUGAGGUAUCUUGAUAUUAGGAGAGCAGGUAUAGAAGGGAUGCCUACAAGGAUUGGUGAAUUGAAAAGUCUCCAAUUCUUAAGUGACUUUAUUAUUGGCAAAGAGACCAGGAUUUCAGAGUUGGGAGAACUUGAAGAUCUAACAAAAUCACUAGCCAUUAGUAGGCUAGAAAACACUCAAAAUUCGGAUGCAAAGAUGAAGGACAAGAAAUUCCUUGAGCAUCUAGAGUUCAGUUGGAGCUCGAAUUUUCUUGGUUCUAUACCUCUAGGCUUUGAAACAAAAAUACUUCACAAUCUGCAGCCUCAAAUGAACUUGAAAAGCCUUUCCAUCAGAGGCUAUCCUGGUUCAGAAUUUCCAGUUUGGAUAGGUCAUAAUGGAUACCACAAUAUGGUUUCCCUCAGUCUGCAUUGCUGUGAUUGUUCUUUGCUACCACCACUUGGACAACCACCUUCUCUUAAGCAUCUACUCAUUCAUAGUUUCCAUGAAACAUGCAGUAUUGGUCCUGAGUUCUUUGGGACCAGUGAGUUGUCCUCCAUGGCACCUUUUGCUUCCCUUGAAACUUUGAUCUUUUCUGAAUUGGAAAAGUUGCUUUCCUUUCAAGUUGAACCUCAUGCUUUCCAACAACUCCGUGAAUUUGAGUUAAGAAAGUGCACUUCAUUGGUUGGAGAUUUGCAUAAUAGCCUUCCUGCUUUGAAAAAGCUUGUGAUCAUUGGAUGUAAUAAUCUAGUCUCUUCCCUCCCAACAUUUCCUAUGGUUCAAGAAAUAGAAAUACAUCAAAGUGAAAAUAUAGUGUUGAAGGAGAUCCCUAUUUCGCUGCACUCACUCCGAGUUUCGGGAUCAAACGUGGUAGAUUCAGUUUUCAUGUCCAUGAUGCAAAGUGAAAAUUAUCUUGAGCAUUUAGAAAUUUCUGAUUGUUUCUCCACUACAUCUUUUUCUGGGUGCUGCCUACCCAAUUCUUUAAAAACAUUGGAAUUCAAGAAUUGCAAGAAUUUUGAAGUUCACAUGUUUCAGUGUCAUACGACACUUGAGUCCUACAAAAUGCAAAAUAGAUGUGACUUAGUAGAAUCCUUCCCAGUGGACAUGCUCCCAGUUCUCAAGUGUCUCCAUAUAGAGGGUUGUGAAAAUCUUGCAUCUCUUUUGGUGGCAGAAGGCCCUAUGGAGUAUUUGGAUAGCAUCGCCAUCAUUCAAUGUCCCAAAUUAGUAUCUUUCCAUGAACUUGAAUUGUAUGCACCUAGAUUGAGAAGCUUGACUAUAUCCAGGUGUGAGAACAUGCUGCCUAAUCAAAUGCAGAGCCUUCUCCCAACACUCACAGAACUCUCCAUUUGUGAUUGUCCGGAAAUUGAGUCUUUUCCUGAAAUGGGUUUGCCAUCAAGUUUAAGCUCACUUGUUAUCACCAAUUGCUUGAAACUUACUGCACUCAGAAUGCAGUGGAAUUUGCCAAGUACUCUUACCUCCCUUACCAUUUCUGGCAUAUAUGAAAUUGUUGAGUCCUUCCCUGAGGAUGGUUUGCUUCCUGACACUCUUACCUACUUGUCCAUAGAGAAAGUCUUAAUGCUCAAAUUGGACUGCAAGAAGCUACAGUACUUAACCUCUCUCAAAUACUUAUGGAUUGUAAAUUGUCCUAUGCUGGAAUCCAUGACAGAAGCAAGUCUGCCAUGCUCUCUUAUUAAACUUACAAUUCGAAGUUGUCCCUUUCUAGAAGAAAAAUGCCGUAUGAAGAGUAGGGAAAUUUGGCCUAAGAUUGCUCACAUUCGCAACAUACGUAUUGGAGAUAAAUGGAUGUCAUGA